CACUUGUUAACCAGGCGAGAAUUCUUAACCUUUCAUAUAUUUCUUCUCAUAUCUCAAGCCCAUAGAACUGCCGAAUGUGUAGAGCAUGCAGUUCGGCGGCAAUUCCGAAUAUCCUCGCUUCGUUCCUCAGCGCCACUGGCUACUGUUCUUCGGAAACAAAUCAUAGUAUACCACUCCGAAAUGCCACAGGGACGCCUCCUUGUGUGAAGACAAUCCACCUCCUAUGGCAGCACCAGGCAAGCAGUGUUUAUUUGAUGAUCACGCUCAAUAUCAUCUACAAGGCUGGCUACUCAUACUAGAUCUUGCACUGCAGCUUUCACAUGAAACCGGCGAUCUGCCGAUUCUCAGUCUUCUCGGCUGCUUCAACUUUAUUCUGUGCUACUCAAAGCCUUAACAAUGCCCGUCAAUCACCGUCUACUUCUUGCUCAGAUGAGCUGCAACCAUCAGGA